AUGUUUCAAACCGUCAGCACACGCGAUUUCGCCAGCAAGCGGCGAUCGGUUAAGCUAACGGCUGCCGGCAGCUCUGACGACCACGGCGACAGUCGCCGUUCAGUGCGGCCUUUGCGAGCGUCCACCGCUCGCGGCGGCUCUUCCGGAGAAGGACGGCGAGGAGGUAAAGGAGGAAAAGCAUCCGCAACCGACGCGGCGGCUGCGGGGAACUCGAGCCGAAGCCGGCGCAAAUGGGCGCAGUCGAGCGGCAACCGCGCAGCGUCAUCGACGGCGGAAGAUGCGGUGCAGGCGGAACUCGCGGCGACGCCGGGACUGCUGGAGCCGAUGCGCAUCGAGCUGAUACCCGAGGAGGGGAAGGUGGACAGCUACCGCAUAGCGGCGGGCAUGAAGUCGCGGCACCCCCCAGGCGUGAUCUACGGGCUCCUGCGCGACUUCAAGCGCGGCCCCGCCAUAUUCCGCCACAUGGACAAGUGCUCCUCCGUGCCGCAGCCUGACGGGAGCCUGCUGGUCGUGCAGAACGUGAAAUGGCGCUUCCAGCUGUUCUCGGGGAAGUUCGACCUCGCGCUCUACUGCUAUUGUGACGACGCAACACGCACAAUCACUUACAGACUGGCUACUCCUGGGUUCAUGAAAGAUUUUGUCGGCACAUCAACCAUCCGCAGCCUUCCCCUCCCUCACACCCCACCAUCCUCCUCCUCCUCCUCCUCCUCCUCCUCCUCCCUGCCUCUCACCAUUCCCGGCACACGCGCUAUCACCCACUCCCAGCCUCUGCAACAACCUGAGCUACAGCCCCAGGCACCACAGUUAAAACCUGCGCACCCUGCGCUACAGAUGAAGCCUCUACGGCCGCUACAGCCGCAGCCGACGCUACAGCCGCGCCUCCCGCUACAGCAGCGGCUGCUACAGCUGCAGCAGGCGAUUCCCCUCGGCCGCUUCCCCGCUCAGCUGCUGGCGUUCGGUCGAGUGGCUGUGGGCGAGCCUCGGAUCGAAGGCGAGGGGCUAGGAGGGGGGAUUCUGGGUGGAUGGCUGAAGAUGGGUGAUGGAUCUGCUUCUGUUGUGCCUGUGGCAGCAGCAGCAGCAGGGGCAGUAGGAGCAGCAGGAGCAGUAGGAGCACAAGCAGCAGCAGGAUCAGGAGCUAAGAUAGGGGGGGCCGUUCAGUGGAAGGGUGGCGCAUCAGAGCUGGUGAAAUAUGAACCGUCGGAUUGUGGGUCGGAGAUCGAGAUCGUCCAGAGGGUCGAACCAUCCAACUUGCCGCUUGGUCCUUUGACCCAGUACAUAUUGGGAUACAUCAUAACGGCCCAAAUGCGAGUCGCUUCCCCUUCCGCCUCCGCCUCCUCCGCCCACCAGCGGAGACCUUCCGCUCCCCCCUCCCCCGCCGUUCCCCCCUCCCCCGUCCGGCUCCCACCAGCCGACACCUCCUCCCCCGCCCCCGCCCACGUCCGAUCCCCCGUUGCCCCCUCCCCCGCCCUUCCCUCCCGCGCAUUCCGCACUUCCGCCUCCCCCGCCUCCCCCAUCCGCCCGUGGCACGGGCACUCUCGCCCUUCCACCCCCUUCCGCCCCGCAACCUCCAUCCGCGGAGAAGGGGCGACAUGCGGGAGGGGAUGGGCGGAGAGACAAGCGCGGGGCUGGCGGAGAUGCGGGAGACGGAGGGCGGAGAGACAGGCACCAGCAUAG